GCUGAUGGCUAUGCACGCGUGCAUGUAUCCCAUGCAGUGAAACGGACGUCGGCCAAAACUUUGUCGUGACUAUACUAGCGACUGCGCUAGCGGGAGAUAUCGAGAGCGAGAGAGCAAACGAGAGAGAACUAUUAUUAUUUUUAGAAGUAAUCGUUUGGAGAAGCGAUCGUCGCGCUGUUGUUCUGGCGUAACUCGUAACUGUGUUAGUUAGUGUGUUUGGUACGUGGCUGAAUAGAAGGACGGACGCCUCUCGCUCAAGCUAAGUGACUUGCUGGAUAGUGCGAGUGCGCUAGGAUCUGUGUACCGACGUGCUAGCUGCUGGACUCUCCGUUAGCAGUGAGUAAAAAAAUAGGGAGCAAGAAAUCAGAUGUAAGCGUGGCGUGAUGGCCAACAGGGAAUACGACCAUCUCUUCAAGCUCCUCAUCAUCGGCGAUAGCGGUGUGGGAAAAAGCAGUCUGCUACUACGCUUUGCGGAUAAUGUUUUCUCUGGUACAUAUAUCACAACGAUAGGAGUGGACUUCAAGAUCAGAACGGUGGAUAUUGAUGGGGAAAAAGUAAAGUUACAGAUUUGGGACACGGCUGGACAGGAGAGAUUCCGCACUAUUACCUCUACGUACUACCGGUACUAG